AUGCAGUUCUCCAUCCUGCUCACCCUUCUCUCCAUCUUCACCCUCGCUCCAGCAUCACCUCUUCAGACAAGACAGACCAUCGACCCACCUGCCAGAUACUACCUUCAAACCAAAGUGGUCAAUGGCGGUCACCUGGACUUUGGGACCAACAAGACCAACUUGUGGCUCUACUCAUACCACACCGGUGCCGGACUUGGUGAUGCCGCCCUCUCGACUAACAAGUCAUGGGCAUGGGAGGGCUACUUGAACGGUUCCCAGCAGCUCAUGACCUACGCUGGCAAUCAAGCUGGCCCUUGGCCGCUGUACAUCGGCUAUGGCCCCUAUCAGCAAUGGAACUUGGUGGGAAUCAGCAUCGCCGGCAUCAGCAACCUCGCUAGUGGAUUUUUCUUCAACUCGUCCGGGCUUCAAUUCAACGAGAGCACCGGCGGCUGGUUGGCCUGCGACUGGUGGCAUGGUGUACCCCAACUUUUCCAGAUUAAUGGCUAUACCUACGGGAGAAUUCCGAACUCGUGCUCCAAAGUUCAACUCCGGCCAGUGGCAGUCUGA